AUGGUCACAGCGGACGAUAUUCACGUAACGCUUCGGCGCAGUCGUGCAAGUGAUGCUGGCCCUCUCUCGCAGCUGACACGCUUGGGCACCAUCACGCCUUGUGCCCCGCCCUCGGCACUCUUCCCAUGGAAGACGGCAGCGGACUUCAUGGUGCUGAUCGAGCGCUCCGUGACAUGCAUCACCGCGGUAUCAACCAUCUCUGGAAGGGUGGUGGGGUGUAUUUGCCUCGACGACACACCGCAUGUCCAAUCUAUUCCGAGCGAUUCCUGGGAGUGGAUGCUGCAGCAGACCGAUGCACACAACGCUAACGGUGGAGAUGCUGGUGUUGCGCGGAUAGCGCCCUAUAACACGCUAUGGAUUCGCUCUGUUCUUGCACCGCCUUCCAGCGCGUUCCAUUCAGGCGUACCCGACCCACAGGACAAACGGGCGUUGGAUAUAGAGCGGAAACUACUCCUUCACAGCUACAGUUCAGAGGACCUUAUCGGGUUGCUACUGAACACUGCCCUCACGAAUUCACCGCUGACAGCGCACUUGCUGGUUCCUUUCCCAACGGGCUGCUCGUACCCCGAGCUAGAACGAUUUUCGAAAAAUACUGUGCCACUCAACAACUGCAAAUUUAAAGGAUCACUACUCCACAUCCGGUCCUCACAGAUUGUACCGCAGCUGGCCCUCCGUCUUGGCAUUGUGGAAGACUACGACGACUUUGUCUCAGACCUCCUGGAUGGACGUGGCCUCAUCACUGCGUUGCCAGGGGAGUUCUAUCUAGAUGAGAUUCUUAAGUACCAGGACACAUAUCGUAAGGCCAUCAUCGCCGAGGACGCCAAUUCGCACCGCGUGGUGGGGCUCAUGUGCCUGGAAGCAUCCAUCGAGGACCAGCAGGUGAUCUCACGGCAGUACGCCACUGAGGCGUUUGGUAAACUACGCCCAAUGUGGAGACGUCGCAGCACCGCAAAGGGUGUGACGAAGGGCACCAACUCGGACACUCCAAAUGUUGUGCGGAUUUACUUUUUCCACAUCGACCCAGACUACGCGCUGUGUGCCACACAGUUCCUGCCGUUUGUUUUUCAGGAGUUUCCCUUUGUGGAGUACGCCAUGAUUGUCCUUCCGUACGACCAGGAGGAGCCGCCUUUCCUGCAGCAGUUCGAGGGUGUUCCCCUUCGGAAGUAUCAGCCGCGCAAUGCCAAGGGAGAUGCAGUGCCGCCGCCUGAAGGUCUCUGGAUUACUUGUAGAUUUGCGGCGGACCCUAUAAGGGUGGUGCCGGUGCGCAGCACAGCUGAUGUAGAGCGCAUCUCAGAGUUUCUUGAAGAACCGCUCGGUGAGUUCUCCCAACAACACGUCGCGGCGUUGCUAGAUGAUAUUGACGUUGCAUGUGGUGCUAUAAAUGAUGCAAUACAAGAAAAAAACAAGCCGACCAAUUCGGUUGCCUUCGGCCUCAUUGCGGACACUGACGAAGGUAACACACAGCCCAUUGUUGGUGUCGCAUCGGGACGGUUGUUGACGGUAGAGGAAAUGUACGCACUGCGGGCUAACUACGAUCUUGAUACGUUUGUGAACUACUACACGGAAAAGCCGCUGGAUUAUACCGAGACGGAUAUCAGCCUUAGUCCAGAGGAGGGGCGGCGAAAGUUCUUUCGACAAGAGAUGCGUGGUAUUCUCAUUCGCAGCUUCUAUGUGAGGGCUGCGUAUCGUUGCCACGUCCAAUUCUUUGUACGGGAGUUACUGCGCCACACAGGGUGUGAGGUGGCGCUCGUGUUGGAGGACAAUCGCUCAGCCCCCUAUGCGCCACUGCUGCGGCAGUUGGUGCACGCCCCACCGCGGCAGGUACAAGAGAAACGCCGAGUUGUAAUGAAUUGGACGGCCAACGAACCUGAUAAAAAAACUGUGGACGGAAAAGAUGUGGCGUCACUUGGAUGCCUCUUCGUUGCUACACGACGACUGCUUGGGGACCGUAAGAAACUCGUUCACACACGGAUUAUUGUGGUUGGCGCCAGCUCCACUGGCCUGGCAUGUAUCCACCGUCUUCUUGCCGUGCCGUAUGUGACCUUCACAAACAUCGUGCUCAUCUCGACUGACGGUAUGCCGGUGCACCCGAAUCAGCAGCCGUACUUAUGGUGCGUGGACCGGAUGGAGCUAUUGGAGCGAGAACACAUGGGCUUCAUUGUGGGAAGCCCGGUGCGUGUUGUGUGCGGCUCUGUCGUGGAUGCCGAUACAACUCAGCGAUACGUGAGUAUCGACGACGACACGUAUGAACCCUACGAUUAUCUUAUUCUCACAACAGGACGUCAGUGUGUCAUUCCGCAGUCGAUCUGUCGGCUCCACCAUCCAUCGCACCAGAUUUCGCGUGGAUUCGUGCCACAGGGUACCCUUGCGCUUUCGGGUGAGUCGGCUGUUGAGAAACUCCGCCAGCACCUCCACGACUUGGACCGCAAUCCGCAAAACAUCAGUAACAUUCUCGUCUACGGCUCAGGGCUCGAUGCGUUUGCUGCCGUUACCUCGAUUGUGCGUCUCGGAUUCUCGCCACAGCGCAUUGUUGUGGUGAUGCCAGAGGUGACAAACCCUUUUGUAGACAAGGAUGCCUUUGAUUGUGUGGUAAAGAUGUGGAACUCACUGGGCACCAAUACUUUGCGCGGCUACCGCGUCACCCGCAUGGAGUACGACGACGACGGCACCACACUGACGACUGUUGUCAUUUCGCCUGUGCCCACACAUGGCGAGGAAGGAAACGCUGGCCCCUCCGGUGGCGUUUCGAGCUCAGUAGAAUUGGGCUGCAGCCUCAUCGUCUGCUGCGAGGAUAAGGACAUUGACGGCCACAUUCUAUCCACGCUGACUAGACGGUCUAUUGUGUUCGAUGGACGCGUCAUCGUUGAGGCAAACUACCGCACCACCGACAAGCGCGUGUACGCUGCCGGUCCGGUGGCAAUGUUCACGCGCCGCUACGGAACGACACCAAACUUUGACGAUUUUAACGCACGUGAUGUGGGGACAAAUUUAGCCGAGAUCAUACUCGGUAUCAUCGGCUUUGAGGAGUACGCUGACCCAAACCUUGAUAGUCUUGAUGGCAAGAAUGAGGAGAUGGCAGCUGCCCACAACGAGCUGUACACAAAGGUUUUGGAGGAGAAUGGCAGCCGUGGAAAAGAUUUCCACAUUGAGCUUGGCACUCUACAGAAAACCGAAGAUGCGCAACGUGUGGUGGAGCUGCAGCAGAAACUACCCGCCUACAAUUCUCCAUUGGCAAGCCGUAUUCGCCUUCCUGGGGACUACCUCUUUUUUUGCUGCAGGUGCGUUGACUUUGACCCAUCACGGUGCCUGCGCCUCUGCUACUCUUGCAUUGAUGAUAACAAGCCAAUUGUGACGACUACCUUGGACUUUAGCCAGGUGCUAACGCCUAUAACGCCUUGUGAACCGACAAAAUCUCCUGAACAGAGCCUUCUUGUGAUUUACGUUGAUGAGCAGACACAUUAUAUCGAUGCGGUGGUUUACUUUGGCAAUGGUGAACCGGAGCUGUACCACUACAUGUGCCUUAUUGGCCUGCCGCAGUCACUGCUGAAUCUCCUCUACCGGUACGAAGAAGCACGCAUCGCAAACACGAGCGAAGACAACGUUGACGGCACGAAAUCUGGCGGUGGUCUCAAUCUGAUUGAGUACCUGCGCUUACCAAAGCUGCAGAUCAUCUUCUUCGAUCGGUUCAUUACGUUCUACCGAGAACUGCGUGAGAAGAUGCGGGCACAGGAGGAAGUGAUAGCCAUGAGGGCCCGUGUGCUGGAAGACGUCAACCGUGAAUCUGGCAUCAGCGAGAACAAUCGCAAGCUAUACAUGCAGGAUCUGACGGCGCAAAGGAAUGCAUUCACCCGCCAGGUGCAAUACGAGCUUCUCAAGUUUCUCCACGAGAGCAAAGACCAUCUGCCGCAGAUGAUGUAUCUGCCGGACAUUAGUGCCCAUGUACAACAGAACGCGGGGACCCCCAGUUGA